AUGGCUUAUGAUAAUAAGAAGACCGAUGAGCCUCAGCAGAGACAUACCUUCCAGCACUUGUGUACGAAAUGUGAUAAAGACCCCCAAAAGAUCUCGGGAACCAAGAUACCUGGAAAAUACAUCAUCAAUCUAGAAAAGGACGACGUCGGUAUGCAUCCCCCUGAUUCUGUGUUCUCUCCUGCCUUUUCCGUGUUUAGUCUGCGUUUCUGUUUCCGUUUCCGUGCUCACUCCCCUUCCCUCCGUUUUCGUUGUGUUGAAAUGUGUGUUUUGUUUGUAGUGGAUACACGGGGUUCGUUCAAGGCAGAUGGGUCUUCUUCGCCUGCCACUCGUGUGUCCUUAUCCCGUUCCUCUAUUGUGAAGGAGAAGAUACUACAGAACUCAACUUUGGAUGAUAUAUAUGAAUUUCAAGGGAAAGGAGAUGCAGGCAAUCUGGGUAAAGGUAGUUAUGGUUCUGUGAUGAAAGCGGUGGACAAGCGGUCAGGUGCUUUGCGAGCUAUUAAGACUGUGUACAAACCGAAGAUUGAGAACAUAUCGCGGCUUCGGCGUGAGAUACUGAUUAUGAAGUCUUUGGAUCAUCCCUCCAUUAUUCGUUUAUUCGAGGUGUAUGAAGAUGAUGUUAACCUGCACUUGGUGAUGGAGUUGUGUACAGGAGGGGAACUGUUUGAUAGAAUCAUAAAGGCCGGGCACCUGAGUGAGAGAUACGCAGCUACAAUAAUGCGGCAAGUGUUCUCUGCCAUAGCUUACUGCCACAAUCUGAACAUUAUGCAUCGCGACUUGAAGCCCGAAAACUUGCUCUUUGCCGACCCGUCACCAGUGGCACCUGUCAAAGUGAUUGAUUGGGGUUUUGCAGCCCAGUGCAGUCAUAAUCACCGGUUCACAAGUGUUGUGGGAACGCCGUAUUAUGUUGCACCCGAAGUCCUCUUCGGCAGCUACAACAAGAUGUGCGAUCUCUGGAGCGCCGGCGUCAUUCUUUACAUCCUUCUCUGCGGAUAUCCUCCGUUCCAUGGCAAGGAUAACAAGGAGAUCCUCGAGAAAGUCAAAGCCGGCUCUUAUAACUUUGAUACCAAGGCAUGGAAACGAGUCGCUGACUACAGUAAAGAUCUCAUUCGAAGACUACUGACAUAUGACCCGAGGAGACGGCUAACCGCUGCAGAAGCUUUGCAGCACCCUUGGAUCACCUUCUACACCAACACCACUGGAGGAAUAAGCCAAGACAGCCCUAUCAGUAACCGGCUGGGAACUGAGCUGAUCAAUAAAUUCAGGCUAUUCCGGAAAGCGAACAAACUGAAGCAGCUGGCGCUCACAGCCGUCGCAUACCAACUCAGCGAAACAGACAUCACCGCUCUACACAAUCUGUUUAGCCGGAUCGACAAGAACUCAACAGGUACUCUGGUCAAGAGUGAACUGGAGCAGGCACUCAAGGACAUGGGCAUCAAGAUCACUUCCGAGAUCCGCGUCCUCAUCGAUGAGAUUGACGGGGACGGAAAUGGUGCCAUUGAGUACAGCGAAUUUAUAGCCGCCUGUCUCGACCACAAGUUUUACGAACAGGAAAGCGUGUGCCGCGCUGCCUUCCGAGUGUUCGACCUCGACGGGGACGGGGUGAUCACCAAGGCCGAACUGCACAAGGUCUUGAACAUGGGCUUUGUGCAAGAAGCGCUCAGUCCCAAGGACAUCGACAACAUCAUGCGUGAAGUCAGUCCUUCGUCCGCCGCAGACUCCGAAAUCAACUUCAACGAUUUUCUGGAGAUCAUGCGCAGCCAAAGACGCACAGAAGUCCAAUAA